AUGAAUGGCGCUGGCCCCCACGUUAGCCGUGAGUUCUUCGACCUCAUCAAGUUCAUUGGAGAGGCAAGGUCUAAGCACGCACAGGAGGAAGACCGCAUCAUAGCCAAUGAGACUGUCGUGUUGAAGCAGCGGAUGAACCAGCCCAGAGUCUCGACAGUACGCCGCAAGAUGCAAGAAUUCAUAAUCCGAAGCAUUUAUAUCGAGCUGCUGGGCCACAGCGCCGCCUUUGCACAUAUCCAUGCAGUUAACUUGGCGAAUCAGCAGCAGGCCAAGGCGAAGUGGAUAGGAUACUUGGCCUGCAACUUGUUCCUCCACCAAGACCACGAGCUGAUGCUUCUGCUCGUGAACACUAUCCAGAAGGACCUGCGUUCUCCGAACGUGUUGUUUGUGCACGCGGCGCUGCAGUGCGUCUCGCGGCUGCUGACCCUCGACAUGCUGCCUUGUGUUGCUGCUGCAGCAGCAGAUUUGCUGCAGCAUCCAGCAGCAGCAAUUCGCCGCAAAGCCCUCAUGGUGCUGCACCGCAUUCUCACUCUGAGUCCCCCGCCCCCGCUGCCGGACCCGCAGCAGCAGCAGCAGCAGCAGCAGCAGCAGCAGCCGCAGCAGCAGCAGCAGCAGCAGCAGCAGGAGGGCUACGUGGUGGAGGAUUUGUUCGGGAAAGUGCGCCGCGCAGUCUGCGACGGAGACCCUUCUGUCAUGGGGGUUUCGGUUCAUCUUUUGGGACUUUUGGCCAAAACUCACAAACCCCAAAUUAGGGUUUUCAUUCCUUCUUUGGUUUCCAUUCUCAAACAAAUCAUCGACAGAAAACUCCCCAAAGACUACGAGUACCACAGAGUCCCCGCGCCCUGGAUCCAGGUUUUCGCCAAACCCCAAGUGGUUCGUGGGCGCGGUGCUGUCGCUGCUGGAAGUGGGGGGGGCCUGCGCGUCCUUAAGUGCUGCUGGAGUGGCCCCCGCGCUGGCAGCAGCAGCAAGCAGCAGCAGCAGCAGCAGCACAGCAGCAGCAGUUCACGCAGCACAGUCGCUGCUGCAGCUGCUGCUCGACGGCAGCGACGGAACCCCCGAAGAAGACACAGCUUUCAGGACUUAUGUGGUCAACUCUUUGGCGCUGCUGCUGCAGCAAAAGAAGCAGCUGCCCGACAUCCUCAUCCAGUGGCAAGUUGGGUGCUGGGGGAGUAUGGCUCCCUUUGCUCUCUGCCGGAUUUCACGCAGCAUGACUUGCUGGCCCUGCUACGGGAGGCAGCGCUGCGCACCAAAAACGCGAGCACCCAGGGCUGGGCGCUGUGGGCGUUGGUGAAGCUGUCGGCGCUGAAUGCAGCAGCAGCAGCAGCAGCAGCAGCAGCAGCAGGGCCUGCAGCAGCAGCAGGAAAGGCAGCAGCUGUUGACGGCCUCGUGCUGCAGCUGCUGCAGCAGCAGCAAAAGUACCUCGGCUCCACUGACAUACAAGAAAGGUGUUUUAGAGGGGCUUUGCUGCUGCAGCUGCUGCCGCCCCGGCUCCUCGGGGAGGUUUUCCCCUUCGACGCGGCAAACGAAGAUAUUCCAACAGAGGAUCUGCUGAACACAGGAGCCGCCUACGCUCGUGCUGCUGUUGCAGCUGGAGCUGCGGAGUACGUGCCACUGAGCAAGAGAGCAGCAGCAGCAGCAGCUGCUGCUGCUGCUGCUGCUGCUCCAGAUUCAGCAGUGCAUGCAACAGCAGUUGUUGCGCAGCAACACCAGCCACACCACGCAGCUGCUCUUAACUUCACGCCCUACGCUCCCCCUGCUGCACCCCAGCAGCAGCAGCAGCAGCUGCAGCAGCAGCAGCUGCAGCAAGGAGCUGGCGGCGCUGCUGCUGAGUCCAGCACUGGCUUCAAUGUACAGGGGCCUCGUCGGUGGGGCCCGUUUGGCUUUGUGGGGACAAUCAACGGCGCUGACCCAGCUGCUGCUGCUGCUGCUGCUGCACCUGCUGCUGCCAGCAGCAGCAGCAGCUGGCAGCCGCAUGCAGCAAUUGCAGCCGUCUCCGCUAUGGAGUUGCCGCCGCAGCCUCAGUAUGCGCAGCAGCAGCAGCAGCAGCAGCAGCAGCAGCAGCAGCAUCGGGAGCUCACGGAGCGGGAGCGCAUGGCUGCAGCGCUGUUCGGGGGGCUUGGUGGGGACUCCACAGCAGCAGCAGCAGCAGCAGCAGCAGCAUUGCCCGUUGCUGCUGCUGCUGCAAUGCCUGCUAGCGGGACACCUCUCAUCGUUUCCCCGUCAGCAGCGGCCCCUGCUGCUGCUGCUGCUGCUGCUGCUGCUGCUCCCCCAGUGGUUCAGAAGCACGCCCCCCCAGUCGACCUGCUUGACCUUGACAGCAGCAGCAGCAGCAGCAACAGCAGCAGCAGCAGCAGCAGCAGUACUGGGGUAGAUGAUCUGGUUAUGGAUGUCCUGUCACUGAGUCUGCAGCAGCAGCAGCAGCAGCAGCAGGAGCAACAGCUGCUUCAGCCGAUGGCGAUAACGACAGAACAGUUGGGCCGCGGCUGGGGCCUGCUGCCCGGGGAGGCCGCAGCAACUGCGGCGCUGCAGCGGCCGACGGCUUGCGCAGACUACGCCCGAGAAGUCGUCUCUAAAAGCCUCGGGGCAGCAGUGGUAGAAGUGAUUGGCGAAGAAGCAGUUGCUGCAGGCACUGCAGCAGAAGGCGCGUCUAGCUAA